AUGCAGACUGCUUCUACAAACAUUUGUGAAAGACUGUGCAAUAAGUCCAUCCAUGAAAUAUCCUUGCUACUAAAUAUUCCACAGCCAACUGUUAGUGGUAUUAUAACAAAGUGGAAGCAACUGGUCAACAACAGCAACUCAGCCACGAAGUGGUAGGCCACGUAAGAUGACAGAAUGGGGUCAGCGCAUACUGAAGAGCAUAGUGCGCAGAGGUUGCCAACUGUGUGCAGAGUCAAUAGCUAAAGACCUCCAAUUUCGUGUCGCCUUCAUAUUAGCACAACAACAGUCCGUAGAGAGCUUCAUGGAAUGGGUUUCCAUAAACGGGCAGCUGCAUCCAAGCCUUACAUCACCAAGUGCAAUGCAAAUUGUUGGAUGUUGUGGUAUAAAGCACGCCACCAAUGGACUCUAG